AUGACAACUCCUGCUUCCUCGCAUCCUACGCUGAGCCUUGAUGUUUUGUUUGAGGAGCGCAAACUAAACAUUCCAUUUUCAAGCCAAAAAAACAGAGAAUUUCAUUCGUCAAUUUCAGGCGGGGAUUCGUCGCUUAAAAGGAAUUCAUCGUUCGUCAAAAAGCUAAAGUCUAUUUCAAGAGACCAGCUUCCUGCGAUUCUUGGCGAGGCCGAGUCGCUAAAGUCUGCAAAGUUUAUUGAUGAAAUAAUUAUCUCGAUUUUCGAAAACCGCUGGAAACGCUCCCAAGAUGUCAGGGCUGCCGUAAUGGGACUUGAUGCCAUGUUGGCUCUUCCUGAAAAAAAUAGCGGUCUUGAUCAGGAAGAGCUUUCCAAGAAGAUUUAUGUACAACGCCAGUUUGCCCGAUUUGCGUUGGAGCUUGCAGUUUCCGGAAUUGGAUUCGAUUUAGCUCAAAGAAAGUACAACUUUCCCUAUUUGUGUGUCGUGGAAAAUCUUUCUAAAAGCUACCCUUUGGUGUUGUACCCGAUACGAAAUGUUUUGCCAUCAUCUUCGUCUACGUGCGAUUCUGGGUUCACAGCGUUUACCACGGAGGCUUCGAAAUGGGAAUUGUACGAGAUUCUCACAAAAUCAUACAUUCCCGCCCUCUCCGACUAUGCGUGCAAAACACAUGCGUUUUUGAAAAGAUUGGAGCUCUCGCAGCAUGAAUACUUUAUCUCUAAAGGAGAUCUGUCAAACUAUCAGCUCGAAAAGCAUUCCAGGACCAGUACAGCGCUCGCUGGCAUCAUGUCUUCCCUUUGCUCGUUUUCAGAGCUUUUCAACACCAUCAUCGUUCCGACACUGGAGGAAAAUUCCUCCCAAUUGACCACAAGGCUUGAAACGGGCCAGCUGGUCCCGCUUCUUUCGCCUCAAUCGCUUCCGGAAUUGGAUUGCAGUCUUCUUAUAGAUGCAUCUUCAACGGUUUCCAUUUACUCUCCAUACGGGAGCGAAGAGGAAAUGAAAUUUUAUAAGCAAAUCCCAGAUUUGAAGUUGCACGUGCCUGCCGGUGUGUUGUACAAUCUUUCCUUGCUCAAAUCAGGAACCUCAACACCGCUUCCCUCGAUUUUCGAGAUGGAUGAAAACAGAUUGGAUGACACUUCUGACACCAAAGCCGACUUUUCCGAUUCGAUUAUCGUAUCGGAGACCGGUAUUUCAUCAAUUCUGGAGGAUUCAAACCAUUCUGGGUUGCAUUCCCAUGCCCAGUAUAUUUCGUUUUUUGAAAAGCUAUCCCGAGUGUCUUCUCUAAAUGAGGCCGAUAAGCUUUGUGCCGACUUUUGCCUAAUAAAUUCAAAGGCUGCUCGACGUCGACUAAUCCAAGAAGUAAUGGAGUCUUGUAAAAAGUCUCCAGACUCCCUUUCUUAUUUGUGUCGGCUCUUGGCCAGAAUGUAUCCUUAUUGUCCUGGAUUGGUAUCCACUUCUUUGAUCCCGUCAAUCGAGUUGGAAUUCAAGACGCUUCGAAGGCAAAGCUUGGUUUCCGGGCAAGGUCCUACCCCUGCUAGCCGUCGAAGACUAUUGGGUGCCUGGAUGGGCCUUUUACGCCUCAUUGCGGAGCUCUGUAAAUUUUCUUUGGCUCCAGUUUCACUUCCAAUCUCUUGCUUGCGAGUUCUGUUGGCAGAAGAUGUUUCUGGCCUCUCUGAUAUUAGACUUUCUGCAGCAUGUGCUUUUUUGGAAAAUAUCGGCCAGUUUCUUUACCGAUCCCUUGAAACUCGGGAUCGUCUUCAGCAUUUGGUUACCAUUCUUGAUGGAUACAAGAAAAAAGUAUCCAAGGACCAUCCAUUGCUGCCUCUGAUCGAGUCUGCAGUUUACCAAUCGAUUCCUUUGGAGCUACGGCCCCAUCCACCAACCUUGCCUCCGGUAAAUCCGAUCAACCUGUUCCUAUUGCAUCUUUUCACAAAGUGUCUUUCCAUUGCAAACAGGAAGCCUUCUUGUGUGGUUGACUUUGUAAUUGGAAAGCUUAGAAAGUGUCCAUGGUCUGAUGCAGCGUUUUGCACGCUUUUUGUCGAAUUGAUUGUGCACAAGACCUCUUCUUUCUGUUUUGAUUCUCUUCCAAUGGUUGCCUGCACGCUGCAAAGAUUCUCCAAAUACCAGCCUCAAAUCGUUAAGAGCGUACUGGACUCCCUUAUCGAAACGCUGCGGAGUGGUAUUGAGGGCGAUUUUGUUUGCAUCCCAAGGCAUCAAAACAUCCUCUCUCAAGCGAUGCUGGUUGGGUGGUUGCUCCGCUCUUGCCUAAUUUCAAGCGAAACAUUCGCCUUUUUAUUGCACAUCAACCCCAAUACUUCAGGCUUUCUUCAGCGCAUCACAUGUGCUCUUUUAAAGUCGUGUGUUGAGUCGGGGCCAUUGAAGCUGAUUCCACGCUACAGCUUUGAGAAGGACUCUUCGCUACUUUUGGAGUAUCCCGUUUCUGAUGACCCCGAGCUGAAUUUUACAAAAAUCGAGGUGCUGGAAGAACUGCACAGCUAUUUUCAUUCCAUUGGAAGAGAUAUAUCGAUCUUUGUAAAGCCAUCGCUGAUGAGUCCCCCUUUAUCUGAAAGGCCUUCUAAGAACUACACGAACAAACUAAUUGACAAUGAGCUUCCAUUCGAUGUCGACGAAUCCAAGCAGGAUUUGUCUGAUGAAGGCCAAGAAGAUUCUUUUGAGGCUGAAUACCAGAACAUGAUCUCUUGCUCGGCUUCAGCUAAUGAGGGCCCGCAGGUAAAUAUGGCUGUCAUCGGAGGAAGCUCGUUGGGUGUAUCCUCAUAUUCGAAAUUUCCUCAACAGCAAUCGCUACGGGAAUUGGCUGUCCCUGUGAUAAUUUCAAAACCCACACAACUUCCGUCCUCUAGUAACAGAAAUGAAGUCUCAUUUACGGUGCUCUCCAAAAAGAAGGGUACAAGCUCGGGAAAGUCUGUUUUGAAAUCGCUCAACAUCCCGUCUUCUGAGCCAUUGGUGGUGUCUACCUUGGAAAACAUAUCUGCCAAAGAGGCAGAGCGGUCACUAAUCAAUACACUGAUACUGGAAAGUGCUCAAAAACAAAUUUCUGGCGACAUUUAG